UUUAAGUGUCCGACAUCCGGGCGCUGUACGGUAAUGGUAGCAAAAUCCCAUAUAUUGUUCAGUUAUUAUUUCUUACGCACUAGAUUUUAACCAACGACAAUGGUGAAUCUUGGUCUCACUCGAGUUGACGAUGAGUUGGUAGCCAAACACCCGGGUUUAGAAAGUUAUGCCGCUUGCCAAUCCCACGCCUUCAUGAAGGGAAGUGGAACCUUUGUCCUUGGUGCCAUUGGCCUUUUUGCGCUUCAAAAGGUUCUACAGAAGAGACUUCCUUAUCCUCUGCAGUGGAACCUGCUCAUUUCCAUUGUGGCGUCAUCGAUGGGCAGCUAUGCAGUGACAAGUUGGGAAACGCAAAAAUGCUCCGACCUGUGGUUACUACUUGAAACUGGCAAAGUUCCGGAUAGGUCACCACCACAUGUGCCUAAAACAGAAGAACCAUCAGGGACUCGGAAGACAAAAUAUGGCGAUGUGAUGGAAUGAAAGCCUUUUAAUGUUAUACAGUGGAACCUGUUUUGGGAUGUUGAUUUAUCCCACAAGAACAUCCGCUGUGCUGCCGUCAUGCAGGAAAACAAUGAAAUUGCGACCCUGUUGUAAAUCGUCGUAUUUCGAGCGUGUUGGCAUAUGUCGAGACAAAUGGACGAGUCAUAUUUUAUGUCGGAUGACGAAAGGAUCGUAUGUUGAGGUGUUUGUAUGUCGAGGUACCAAUGUAAUGUUUUUUGCCAUAUGAAAUAUAUUUAAAAGAAAGUAUAUACUUUGCAGUAAAACUGUCAUAGCUAUCAUAUAAGUGUAUGAAUAUGAAUAAUAAAACAAGAAUGAAACAUCUAAAGGUGCCAAACAACAUUUUUUUCUUAAAUCAUGACCAUGUUUCCGCAGAUUAUGGAAUCCUAUCACAUUGAUUAAAAUUCAAAUUUUCCAAAAUCUGAAAUUUUCAAUUUUGAAUUCCCAAAUGAAAAGAGACAUUUUGCAAAAUUGCCUGGUCCUUCUAUAUUUCUCACUUAUUCAGCUCAUUAAUAAAAGCUUGAGAACAAAUUUUCCACAUCAGGUCUGGACAUCAUGGGAACUAUGCAUAAAUCCCUACUUUUCCCAAUGACAGGUUCUUGUUAUUCUAUGUGUUCUAUAUUUUAUAUUAAAUAUGUGUUUAUAUAUUUAUAUUUUUACUAUACUAAAUGUUAUUUGUAUGAUGUAUCAACUGAACCUAUUAGAUAAUAUACAGUACUCAUAUUUGCAUGGACAAAAUGAGCUUUCAGACUUAAAACCAUCAAUAACAUGAGAAUAAUCUGAUUCAAGGAUAUUCGUGGUUUAGUAUGGCUCUUUAGCAGAGAUCCGACGUUAAGCUUAUGAUCUGGUAUUACAUUUUUGAGAUGUGUUUGUUGGCUAGUUUUUACUGCAGUAUCACUAAGUGUUUACUCAAUUAAAUGGGGGGUUGGGUAAAAAUCGGUGAUCAUUUAUAAUCAUGGACAUUAUUAUCAUCUUAAAGAUGACAUUGCUAGGAAUUCAUUUUUUUUUCUCCAUAAGAUUGGUCAAAAUGAGUUUGUCACCUGUUUGAGGUUUGUUGUCUACUAUAUUUAGUUUGUGAUUUGAUUGAAAUCAUUUUUUGAAGUUAAACCGCUCUGCAAAUGAGCAGAUGUCCAAUUGCUGACAGUGUGACCGCACUAGAUCUUAUUAUGCAUGAUAUUCUUAUUAUGUGUGAGAGGUUUUAAUAUUAACACUUGUUCACCAACAUACUCAGUCAUCAAUUAAAAUAGCUUGAAAAAGGACAGUAUGGGUGGGAAUUCUCAACCAAAAUUGUCUUACAAACUUGAUAAAACAACAGAUUAUCAACAA